CCUGCCCUCUCCCGCGCCUACGCGGCCUGCUCUGGGUUUUUGCUUUCAUCCCCAUUCCUGUCCCACUACUCCCUUUCCGCCAGCCCCCAUUCCCGUCCUCUGAAGUCCCGGUACCUACCCCCGAGAAAGCUACCUGCCGAGCCCCUAAUACGACUCGGACUUUGGUGCUUCUCCUCUAUAGUUUUUCACUGAACCAGGCGUUUUGAAUUGACCUAUGAAUUUUAUUGUCCAGUCUUUCUUACCGCUGCUUAACCCGCACUCCCCCCAACCCCAACCCCGAAAGAAGGGAAAAAAACGUAUACCCGAUCCCUGGAUGUUUAGGGGUUCAAGGACUGCGCUUUAGUUUAAUUGCUCUCAUACAGAUUUUUUUCUUCCUCCUCUGUAGUUUCUGCUUCGCCUUAGGGCUCAUUUGAUUCCAUUCUGGGGCUUUCUGGUAACAGUAAUAAUUUAAAAUACUUUUUUAAAGAACACACCAAAGUGUAAUUCUUUUAGUGGGUUUUAGUGGGUUUCAAUUCUCUGCCUAGUUUAAAGGGUAGGAGAGCCGGUUAAGUAACAGUAACAAAUAUGUGUACACAAGUUUGUUUUCGUAAUUAGAGAAAAGUAAUGUCUUAAAAUUCAACACCAAGCAGAAGCUUCAGUGAAUGGGUGACCAACAUCAGAGCAUCACUUGGAAGCUGGUUAGAAAUGUAUAAUCAUGGGCUCCUCCUAAGACCUGCUGGAUCAGAAUCUGAUUUUAACAGAACAUUAAAUUCAAGAAGCACUGAUCUAUAAUAAAGGAAAAGAAGAGUACAAGGGCUUCUGUGGUGGUGCAGUGGUUAAGAAUCUGCCUGCCAAUGCAGGGGACACGGGUUCGAGCCCUGGUCCAGGAGGAUCCCACAUGCCGCAGAGCAACUAAGCCCAUGCUCCACAACUGCUGAGCCUGUGCUCUAGGGCCUGUGUGCCACAACUACUGAGCCUGCGAGCCACAACUACUGAGGCCACAUGCCACAACUACUGAGCCUGUGCUCUAGAGCCCGUGUGCCACAACUCCUGAAGCCUGCGUGCCUAGAGCCCGUGCUCUACAACAAGAGAAGCCGCCGCAAUGAGAAGCCCUCACACCACAACGAAGAGUAGCCCCUGCUCGCUGCAACUAGAGAAAGCCCACACGCAGCAAUGAAGACCCAACGCAGCCAAAAAUAAAUAAAUAAAAUAAAUUUAUAUAAAAAAAGAAGAGUAUAAGCUAAUAAAUGUAGAGGAUUGACAUUCACCAUUUCACAACCCCCAACAUAAUAUGUAAAAUUAAAUUCAGGCAUGGAGGCUAAAACACUAGACAGCUGCUCAGGAAGCAAUCCUGCAUGCAUCUGGAAAUGGCAUGCCUUCACCAUCUAAGGACUACUGCAUGCUAUAUAACCCUCAUUGGACAGCUCUUCCAAGUACCCUAGAAAAUGCAACUUCCAUUAGUUUAAUGAAUCUGACUACCACACCACUGUGCAACCUUUCUGAUAUUCCUCCUGAUGGAAUAAAGAACAAAGCAGUUGUGGUACAGUGGGGAACCUGCCAUUUUCUUGAAAAAGCCAGAAUUGCACAAACAGGAGGUGCUGAAGCAUUGUUGGUUGCCAAUAACAGUGUCCUCUUUCCUCCCUCAGGGAACAAAUCUGAAUUUCAUGAUGUGAAAAUACUGAUUUCAUUUAUAAACCACAAAGACUUUAAAGAUAUGAAGCAGACUCUCGGAGGUAACAUUACUGUGAAAAUGUAUUCUCCAUCGUGGCCUAACUUUGACUAUACUAUGGUGGUUAUUUUUGUAAUUGCUGUGUUCACCGUGGCAUUAGGAGGAUACUGGAGUGGGCUAAUUGAAUUGGAAAGCAUGAAGGCAGUGACAAACACUGAAGAUAGAGAAAUGAGGAAAAAGAAGGAAGAAUAUUUUACUUUUAGUCCUCUAACAGUUGUAAUAUUUGUGGUCAUCUGCUGUAUUAUGAUGGUCUUACUUUAUUUCUUCUACAAAUGGUUGGUUUAUGUUAUGAUAGCAAUUUUCUGCAUAGCAUCAGCGAUGAGUCUGUACAACUGUCUUGCUGCACUAAUUCAGAAGAUACCAUGUGGACAAUGCAUGAUUAUGUGUCGUGGCAAAAGCAUUGAAGUGAGACUUGUUUUUCUCUCUGGACUGUGCAUAGCAAUAGCUGUUGUUUGGGCUGUAUUUCGAAAUGAAGAUAGGUGGGCUUGGAUUUUACAGGAUAUCUUAGGGAUUGCUUUCUGUCUGAAUUUAAUUAAAACACUGAAGUUACCCAACUUCAAGUCAUGUGUGAUACUUCUAAGCCUUCUCCUCCUCUAUGAUGUAUUUUUUGUUUUCAUAACACCAUUCAUCACAAAGAAUGGUGAGAGUAUCAUGGUUGAACUUGCAGCCGGACCUUUUGGAAAUAACGAAAAGAAUGAUGGAAACUUGGUGGAAGCCACUGCUCAACCCUCAGCUCCCCAUGAGAAAUUACCAGUAGUCAUCAGAGUACCAAAGCUGGCCUAUUUCUCAGUAAUGAGUGUGUGCCUCAUGCCAGUUUCAAUAUUGGGUUUUGGAGACAUUAUUGUACCAGGCCUGUUGAUUGCAUACUGUAGAAGAUUUGAUGUUCAGGCUGGUUCUUCUAUAUACUAUGUUUCCUCCACAGUUGCCUAUGCUGUUGGUAUGAUACUUACAUUUGUUGUUCUGGUGCUGAUGAAAAAUGGGCAACCUGCUCUCCUCUAUUUAGUACCUUGCACACUUAUUACUGCCUCAGUUGUUGCUUGGAGACGUAAGGAAAUGAAAAAGUUCUGGAAAGGUAGCGGCUAUCAGAUGAUGGACCAUCUGGACUAUGCAACAAAUGAAGAAAACCCUGUGACUGCUGGUGAACAGAUUGUCCAAUAAUAAUAUUAUGUGGACUUGCAAUAAUGUGUCAAUUGAUUUUCUACAAAUAGAGUUGGCCGUUUUAAAUUGGCUUUUGAAUUGACAAUCUGAAAGAAACUUCAGUGAAGUGCUUGCAAAUAUGUAUUUUUAAGAGCUGGUACUGACAACUACAUGAUAAGUAAUUAAAAUACAUUUGCUUUUAACUAUGUUAAAGUUGUGCCUUCACAUUAAAUAAAAGCAUAUGGUCUGUGUAAUUUUCAAGAUGUAAUAUAUACAGUAUAUUUUUCUAAAAAAAAAAUCUUCAUCCACCCCUGUACUUUUCUUACUGAAAUCUCUUUCUUUCAACUCUAAUGAUAGUUAAAAGUAUUUGUCAAAGUGAGUUUCUGAGCAGAUUUUACUGUAAAGAAUUAUGCAAAUUUUAUGCUGUAUAGAAAUAACUGUUUAAGACCAUGUAAGAAGGCAGUUCAGCAAUGGAAUUUUAGACCUUUUAUCACUGCAGAGGUUAGAAAUAUAUAAUUUGGGAAUAUAUAUAAAUGUGUAUUUUUGUAGCAUAAGUUUAAAAAAAACCCCAAUCCUUUUUUAAACUUGAGAACCUAAAUUACUUCAGACUACAUAUAUAUUAUAUUAGAAUAUUUUUCCAGAUAUAGAGAAACAUAAUAUAUAGAACUAGUCAUUAAAAGGAAACAAAAACUGAAAUCCACAGUUUUCAGUUCUGCUGUUUCCUUGAAGAUGUAGUUUAAAUUUCUAAACUAACAUUUAAUUCCACUAUGGUAUUUCUGAUCUCUGAAGUUUGGUUCUGCUAAUGUUAAGACUUAAUAUUUUGUAAAAAUUAUUUUUCUUAUUAAAUUAUGUAUUAAUACAUAUGACUCAUUGUUUGAGUGUUAACAUCCCUAAUAAUCCCCUCCCCUACCUUUUUUUCCCCUGGUCCCUACUCUUUUCUCUGUAGGAAACCACUGUUAACUUUUUAAAAUUUGGAUGGAGAAUGGUUUACUAAUAUACAAAGUGUGCUUCAGAGAAAAGAAUUGGAGACAGAAGACAGGAGACUGGGUGUUAGUCUCAAUUUAAUUACAAGAGUUUGAGUAAAUUUUAUUAGCUCAAUAAAACUGUAUCUCAGCUUUCUCAUCUGCAAAAUGAGUAUGUUAGACCAACUAAUCACUUUGGCAUCUUCCAACUUGAAAAAAUCUUUCUCAUUCUUUGCUAAAUCUCAGAUGUGGACUUGAACAUUAUCCUGGGAGUCAUAGGUCACAUUAUCUUUCCAUUUUCUUUUAUUUUCUCUAAGAAAUUCCCAAAUGAAAAGAGAUUGCAAAGACAGCAGGAUUUUGUAUUUCUCUGUGAAUAAUGUACAAGAUAUGUGAACAAAUCCAUGAUUUUUCAUCCUAAGGCCAGUUUAACUGAUUAAAAGAUAAAGCUAAUACCUUUAAAAAUGGAUCACACCUUUGAUGUUUGAACUAAAUUUAGUAUUUGAGGGAAUUAGAUGCUUUUGAUUAAUUGUUAAGUUGCUGAGUAAUUUAUAGAUGUAGAAGCUCCCUUGACAGUCAGCCCUUCUUUCUACUUAAUACACUUAUGGGUCAUUUGGUUUAUGGCAAAUAACAAAUAAGUAUCUGACAAGUAAGAGUUCAUGUUAAUUUUGCCUCUAUAAUAUAAAGUUUGAAUUUUUUCCAAAGAAUUUAAUUUAUUUGGCAGACUCUGAUAGAGAGAACAGAUUAAGUGCCAUGUUAAAGCUCCAACUAUAUUUUCAUUUAUAAUAUCAAUAAAAUGUUUGCCAGAAUACAGCUUUGUUAAGUAAAAUUAUCUGCACUCUUAUCCCAGCUUUAGAAUAUUCAAAAGCCUCAACCACAUUUUAUGAAGAAUGUUAAGAGAAAAUUUUACAUCUAGAAAUCUGGAAUCUUAAUUCUUUGAUGCAAAUUCUACUUUAUCCAACCAUUAGUUAUCAAGAAGGUAAAACCUUGUUCUAGUUUGCUAUUUAAAUCUUACAGAUUAAAUAGAAAUAACAUAAAAAGUGAAAUUUCUUAAGUUUCUCCAUCUUCAAUAUCAACUUUAUAUUGUACUUAGUCCUUCUAGCAACUGAACUGAAAAUAUUUAUAGAAAUUACAAUAAAGUGCAGAAAUAUUUGGGGAAUCAAAAUAUAAGCAAAAGAUAGCAGAGAUGGAAAUUUGGCUUUAGAAAACUGAAUCAUUUCUUCCUCUCUUGCCCUCCCACCACGAAUAACUUUAAGGGGAGGAGAAGUUUGUUUUUUUCCUAAACAUGUCUUUGAAACAAUAAGAUAUAUUGUAGGAGAUUACUUACUUCCAAAAAAAAAAUAGUCUGAGAAAUUCCCUAUGAACAUUCUUGUAGUUUAUCAAACAGAAAUUAUUAAAUACCUCAAAUUGUGAAGUCAAUGAUUUUUACUUGAGUUUAGUUCGGCAAAGAUAAAUAUGAGGUUUGUGGGAAAGGACUUUGAUAUUUUACUACGUUAUGUUUCCUUCUAGCUUGUAGAUUUUUUUUUUAGAUUAGCAAUACGUUAUUAGUAGACUCGGCAAUUUAUUUCUCUUUUGAAGGAAGAAAAUUUUAACCCAUCUGCUGUUGGCAUUUAUUGAUUUUAGUUACAUGUUCAUAGAGAUUUUGAUGAAAUGGUACAUUUGGAGUAAAUACAAAUGAGCUUUCCAGUUUUCCUUUGUUUUUUAAAUUUCUGCCUUAGAUAUAAGCAGAAACUAAUUUAUUUAAGUUUGGUCUCUAAAAUGUCAACUUGAUCUCAGCUAAUGAGACUUCACAAACAGGAAUUGCUUUUCAGAAUACUGGAUUGCACUAGUUUGAAAGGCUUUAUAUUUUCCCAUUAACAAGGAAAAAAGUUGUUAUGCCAAACAACCCGUUUUACAGUUUAAAAAAUUUAUUUUCAGUGCUCUAUUUACCUCAGAGGUAAUUCUAAAGGAGGUAGGGGAGGGUAAUGAAAAUAAAAUCAAAAUACUGAAUAAAAAUCAGUUUAUGUUUCCUGGAAGAAAGAUACUCUAUAAAUUCAAGAGAUCUGAAUCAAAUGACUUAACCUUUGGAAUUUGAAAGAAAUUAUGUAGUACUCACAAUUAGGAUUACUGAAUUUUCAGAGUAAACAAAAUGACUUAUAAGAGUAAUAUACAGGCCAUAUUACAGUGAAAGUCAUAUAUGUAAAUUUUCUUGUUUAAUGUUUCCAUAAGGACACUUUUGUAUCUAAGAAAAUGUUCAUUGGGGAAAAUUUUUUUAACUAAAUUUUUUAGAAUAGUCCUACAUUAUUUGCAAUUAAGGGACAACUAAAAGAAAAAAAUGUGGAAUAUUUAAUGUCAUGAUUUGUUUCUUUGAUUAAGCAUAAAAAGUAAACAACUUAUUUUCCUUUGGAAUAUGGAUUUUUUUUCAGUAUCUAAAGUUUAUCUGGUUAGCCUUGAGAUUUCCCAAUGAGACAAGUCAAUGUAAAUUAGGUGGGUUUUGCUUGUUUUAUACCUUCUGUUGUCUUUUGAUCAUAUGAGAACCUUUUUUAAAGUACAUGAUUGAAUUUUUACUUCUUAGAUGGAGGUUUGAGUGUGAAAUUCUUUUAACACUUUGAUAUGUUAGUGUAAAUUAGUACUUUUAUAGCACUACUAGGCUUUAUUUUUUUAUGGAACAUGAUUUAAAAUUUUUUGAAGUGUUAAUUUGGCAGUGCUUUAAAACUCUUCAUUAUGUGCCAAUACUGACAAGAAAAACCGUUUUUUUUAAUGUAUUGAA